AUGGCUGCAACAAGGCCGAACAGGCCAAAACCCCUGGACUGGCCGGGUCCCUCACACCAAGAUGUCUUUGUUCGAAACUUGAAGCUGUUGCGAUUGGAUCAACGCGAGGACUGGCCCAACAUCUCGAUUCGCGCGCUGUCGGCGUCAUCGCAGAACCAACGGCAACGGAUCCGCUUGAUAGAAUGGGGAUUAUACUACCUUUUCGUCAUCUGGGAUCCAGAGGGAGCCCAGAAUAAACUGCGUCCUUUCUUUCCUCCGCUCGAACCCCUACAGUCUGUCAACCUUCGCGCCGCCCUGUUCAGGAGUCUGGGUGAAUUGAAAAAGAAUGGCGAUCUGGGACGAGAGAUCAUCUUGCGCAAGACUAUGCUAGAUGACUGCAAAGGAGAGAAAUUCGAUGAGUUACUCGCUGGCUUCUCUACGGCCGUUCUCCGCAAAUACGUCGCCGCAGAUGUAGACGAGAUGGCCUGGAGCUCCUCUAUGAAAUUGUCGACCGCUACAGCAAUGACGCCAACAAACUAUCAAAACUUGUUGCCGCUCAUUCUUGCCCACCAGGUUUCCUUGGGUGCUGGCGAAGAACGGCGUGCUCGAGUCCAGCGUGCUUAUGCUCAAUUCUCGGAGCUACUGGAUAACAAAAAAACCGAGCUAGCCGAACGAACCAACAAAGAACAGCGGACUAAAGAGCAGCAGAGCAAAGGAAGCUUGCAAAUGAAUCCGGAAAGCCUGGCGCACGAACUGCAAGCAAAUUGGCUAGGCAAUAAAGAAUGGGCCACUGCUCUGCUGAAAGGCGGAUUGCAAAGUAGCUCGGAUGCUUUCCUGGAGCUUCCUUUCCCGGAGGCUUUGUCGCGGGCAAUUGCCCCGCCUGGCAGUGGUCUCGAGAAUAAUUUGAAACAUGACCUGAUUGUUGAUCUCAACUCCCGGGUAUUGAUGCAAAGAAGUCGAUUGCACAAGUGGCAUGAAUACAAUGACUCUCUUUCGAAAGAAAGAGGCACAGACACCAACGCAGCGAGCAAAGCCUCUUCCAAAGAGAAUCGGCUAUUUUUCCACAACCACCAAUCUCUUACCGUUGCCAGCAUAUCCAAAUCGAAACGCCAGCCUGGAGAUAGGGAGCGAGCCCUAAAAGGAGCAGAUCGAUCUCUGCUUUCAUCUGUAAAUGAAGCUCUCGCUCGCAUCAAUGGUAAAUCCCGUCCCAGGCGUGAUGAUUCUACAUUCGAGGUAGAACCGAGUUAUGAGCCCCAAUUUCAAAGCUCGUCGGAAGAACCAGAAUCGCCGAUAAUGGUAUACGGUCACCCUACAGGUCUUCCGGUAGAUCUAGCUGCCUCGGAGAUAUCAUACACACCUCCCGAGCCUGAACCCGAACCCCAACGGGAGCCAGUCCAGCCGACUCCAACUGUUCGCCUCUCCCCAGAUAUUCCCUCUUCGCCAGAGCAUGAGCCAGAUCCAGAGCCCAUUAAACGCUCCCAUACAUUGGUCGAACGCACGCGCAAAUCGAUGUCUCUCCUACCACCAGGCCAUGAACCGCAAGUCCGUUCCCGCCAGCGUCGUGGACCUCGCCCCUCCUACCCAGUGAAUCAAUUCGUUACUCCACGAAAGGCCUCUGCGCAAUCGACACGCUCAAUUGACCAGAUUUCUCGCGCUUCCACACCACAGGAUCAGCUCUUUGAGGAAGAUGCUGAAUAUGCUAGUGUGUUCAAGUCGCGGCCGCGUGUAGCGCUGAGUCCUAUAUCUUCGCCGGCUGUUCAUGUCAGUCCCUCUUUUGAAGAUGAGAGCUUUAUUCUAGAUGACGAGGAUGAUAGUUAUGAUGAUGUCUCGGAGUGGGGGGUUAUUGAUUCUCCAUUGGCUGCUGCUCGGUCUAGGAAUUGA